AUGGCUGAUCAAUUGAACAUGAACGGCCUCUCCCUCAACGAGUCCAAGCACGCUGGCCAGAACGGCGGCAUGCCUGGUGGUCGCCCCGCCUACAUUCCUCCUCACCUCCGCAGCCGCGGCGGCGGUCCCCCUCCUAUGGAUAACAUGGAUGGCGCAGGACCUGCUCCUGGCCCCGGUGCUGCUGGUCUCAACGGAAGCGCUUGGGCUAGCAACGGCAGCAGCGGUGGUGGAUGGGGUGGCGCUCCCGGUCCCGGUCCCGCUGCAAACGGUCCUCCCCAGCAGAACGGCUGGAACGGCCAGGCUCCUCGUGCCUUCAACCCCAACGCUUACGGUGCUCCCGGUGGUCACCACUCCGGCGGUUACUCUGGCGGUGGUGGCUACAGUGGCGGUCGCAGUGGAGGCUCUGGUGACGGCCAGUGGCGCGAUGGUCGACAUAUCCCAGGCCCCUCCAACCCCAAGACCGAGCGUGAGCUCUUCGGUAUCCCCAAUGAUCCUUCCAAAGCUCAGACUGGUAUCAACUUCGCCAACUACGACGACAUUCCCGUCGAAGCCUCUGGUCAAGGUGUCCCAGAGCCAGUCACCACCUUCACCAACCCUCCUCUUGAUGACCACCUCAUCAGCAACAUCGCUCUGGCUCGUUACGCCGUUCCUACGCCAGUGCAGAAAUACUCCAUUCCCAUCGUCAUGGGUGGCCGAGAUCUCAUGGCUUGUGCCCAGACUGGUUCGGGCAAGACUGGUGGUUUCCUGUUCCCUAUCCUGUCUCAGGCCUUCCAGAACGGCCCAAGCGCCGGUGCUCCCUCCGGUGGCGGCUUCCGCCAGCGCAAGGCUUUCCCAACUUCUUUGAUCCUGGCUCCUACUCGCGAGUUGGUUUCUCAGAUCUUCGAUGAAGCUCGCAAGUUCGCCUAUCGCUCUUGGGUCCGUCCUUGCGUCGUCUAUGGUGGUGCUGAUAUCGGCACUCAGCUCCGCUCCAUUGAGCGUGGCUGCGAUCUGCUCGUCGCUACUCCUGGUCGUCUCGUCGAUCUGAUUGAGCGUGGACGCAUCUCCCUUGCCAACAUCAAGUACCUGGUUCUUGACGAGGCUGAUCGCAUGUUGGACAUGGGUUUCGAGCCUCAGAUUCGCCGCAUUGUUGAGGGCGAAGAUAUGCCUCCUGUGGCAGACCGCCAGACUCUCAUGUUCUCGGCCACCUUCCCUCGUGAUAUCCAGCUCUUGGCUCGCGACUUCCUCAAGGACUACGUGUUCUUGUCCGUUGGCCGUGUCGGUUCCACCUCCGAGAACAUCACCCAGAAGAUCGAGUAUGUUGAGGAUCAUGACAAGCGCUCUGUUCUUCUCGACAUUCUCCACACUCAUGCCGGAGGCCUCACCCUGAUCUUCGUUGAGACCAAGCGCAUGGCUGACACCCUGUCCGACUUCUUGAUCAACCAAGGCUUCCCUGCCACCGCCAUUCACGGUGAUCGCACCCAGCGCGAGCGCGAGCGCGCUCUUGACUACUUCCGCAACGGUCGCUGCCCCAUCAUGGUGGCCACUGCUGUUGCUGCUCGCGGUUUGGACAUUCCUAAUGUGACGCAUGUCGUCAACUACGAUCUUCCUACUGACAUUGACGACUAUGUUCACCGUAUCGGUCGUACUGGUCGUGCUGGUAACACUGGUCUUUCUACUGCCUUCUUCAACCGUGGCAACCGUGGUAUUGUCCGGGACCUCAUCGAGCUUCUCAAGGAGGCUCACCAGGAUGUUCCCAGCUUCUUGGAGAACAUUGCUCGCGAGAGUUCUGGCUUUGGUGGCGGUCGUGGCCGCGGCGGUGGUGGUCGUGGCCGUGGUAGUGCUGCGACUCGCGACAUGCGUCGCAUGGGUGGUGGUAUGGGUGGUGGCCCUCCAUCUUAUGGUGGUGGCUUCGGAGGUGGUAGCGGCUAUGGCGGUGGUGGUAGCUAUGGCGGUGGUGGCGGCAUGGGCGGCGCUGCUCCUUCCUACGGCGGCGGCUAUGGUGGAGGUGGCUAUGGCAACCCUGGCGGUUCCCAGGGGCCUUCCUCGUGGUGGUAG